GCUACAACGACGCGCACAGCUCUCUAAGAUACGUUUGGCCGAGCCCACCAUAGCGGUAAAACGCGCAGUGGUCGCAAAAAGCUCGUCGCAAUGGCUCCAGCACGCACAGCACAGCCUGCUCUCACUGCAGCCCUGCUACUCGCAGCCGUCCGCGGCUUCACGACGUUCCGUCCGCUGCGGCAGCACAGCAUUGUGCAGAGGCUACGGCAGCGACCAAGCAUCGGCGUCAAAACCGCACGACCGCGCACCGUCGUGGCCAGCGGCGCAAUCGACCUCGCCGCGAACGCGACGAAGGGCCUGGUCGAGGGCGUCGUGCGCACGGUGACGGACAACGACGAGUAUCAGUUCGGAGACCUGACGAAGGGCGUCGUCCGCGACUUGACUGGGAAGGACGCCAGUGAGUACAAAUUCGGCGACAUCACGAAGAAGGCCGUCACGAAUUUCACGGGCAAAGAAGAUUAUGAAUUCGGCGACAUCUCGCGCAAGGUCCUCGCCGACGCCGAGAGCUCGCUGGAGGCGCUGCGCGACGAGUAUUUCCGCGACCUGCCGAAUGAAUUGCAGCGACUCAUCCUAGGCGGCCUGCCGAAGGAACAACGCGAGGCUCUCAUUUCGGCGAUCACGUCCUAUGGCUCGAUGGCGGUGCUCGUCUGGUCGUUGGUCUCAACCACCUGCACCGCAGGCCUCGUGUUUACCGCGUGGACGCGCGCGUGUCUGCGCGCGGCACCCGAUCGCUGGGCGAGCGCCAUCGCCACGAUCCCGACGCUCCGCCUGCUCGAGCCCGCACUGCUCCCGGUCAAAGCCCUACUGUUCGUGCUCAGUAUCAAUCGGUACCAACGGACGGCCCUCUCUGUCCAGCGACGGCUCCCGCAGCGGUGGUACCCGCAGUUCGUCUCCGUGAUCGCGGUCUUCCUCGCGGGGACGGCGUCCGUGGCGCUCGCGACGGGCGCGUGUAUGCUUGGGGUCGGGGCCGUUCUCUAACGAAGCGUGU